CCUCACAAUCCUGCAAUGAUAAGAUUGUGUAGACUUUUCUGACCCCCACAAACAUAAAAAGGGAUGCGACGAUGUGAAGGAAAAUAUAAGAAUUUGUUUAGUUAACCCCGCAGUAACAGCUUAGUCAGAACACACGACGGACUCGGAUAAAUUUAGCUUGCAGUCGGGACAAUAUACACACUUUGGCAUUGGUUGUUACAUGGUGCGCGUGAGUAUUCGGUCGACAAGACGAGAGCCAGCCGAACGCCGGUUUUAAAGCUUUCUACAGUUCUAGAAGUUGAACGUGUCACAACUCGUUUCACAGUCAUUCUUACUACUUGAAGUACUUGAAGCUGCCAUAAAACUGCCAUCUGGGAUCAGUUGUCAUAAAGUAAAACGCUGGUUACGUCAAGCAUCCAAUCAACUUCUUUAUAAGAAGAGAAACAUGGAUUCUGAAGCUGAGACUGUUGUACUGGAGAACAUCAUCAACUUACAAGUAGAUGAAAACCAAACAGAAGAAACUCCUGUAGUCGAAAAAAAGAAGAAGAAAUCUACUACCAAAAAAUCAAAGAAAACAAAACAAGAUGUUGCUUCUAAGACAACGAAAUUUGAAGGGAAAAAAAUCCAUGUCCGUUCAGUUGAUGCAGCACAGGUCCAGCAAAAGUUCAAUAAGGUAGCAUCUGAUGCUGAUGCCGCUACUACGCUUUGCAAGCUUUGCAACAAGCAAGUUUUUCAGAUGGAAAGAGUGAAAGCUGAAAAGUUGAUUUGGCACAAACAUUGCUUCAAGUGCACUGAAUGCCAAAAGAAUCUAACGGUAGACACAUACAAUAGUCAUGAAGGACUCAUUUACUGCAAGCCUCACUUUAAACAGUUAUUUCAACCAAAAGCAGUUCUGGAAUCAGAUGAGCCAUAUUAUCUAAAGCCCGAAUUGAUUAUCAGAGAAAGUCAGCCCAUAGAGCUACCGGCUGACGUUGUGCGAGCAAGUGAGACGUCUAAUAGUUACGGCAUGGACGAGUUAACAAACCUAGAUCUCAAAUCUAGAUUUACAAUCUUUGAGCGAGCCUCAUCAAACUCGCAAGCUGACGUGGAAAUUAGAGAAGAUCACAAAUCAGUGAAACGUUCUGAGAGUAUUCUGUCACGACUAGCUCGGUUUGAUCGUGAUAAUGCCACCCUGAAGGGCGACUUGUCCAAAUCCUGUGGUAAUUUAGACAUCCAAGAUUCGUCUUCUGAAGGUGAAGAAGGGUACAUGUACGACGAUGUUGCCGGCAACCGCUUGUCUUCUUAUUUGGGACCGGAUAAUUCCGUGAACUUUGGUUCUAUAUCCGACAUCAAAUCGAAAUGGGAGGAUGACAAGAACGGGUCUCAUUUCAACAGGCGAGAAGAAUUGGCUAAACAGCGCAAGGAAGAGCUCAAGAUCCUACGGGCUCGACAAUGCCAAGGCCGGCAACUUCGUUUGAAGGAGCAAUACGAGCAGGCCACUCAAGAAGGAAAAGACGGCAAAGAAUUUCAUGUCAACGAUGCCAAUGUUGAUCCGGAGAAGAUUAAGCACAUUAAAGAUAUUUUUGAAAUGGGUGGAAACGAGGAGAAAACGUCAGCAAACAAAACGUCCGAGCAUCUGGUCGACCCCGAAAAGCUCAAACAACUGAAGGGAAUGUUUGAAAGUGGUGGCGAAAACUUUGGCGAGAAACACGAACGCCAUGAAGAAGUGAUUCUAGGAGCUGUUACCAAAGAGGCCCGCAACAUCUUUAAGCAAAUGGAGGAAAAUGGAUUUCAAGAUAAGAAUAAACAGAAACGAGAGCAAUAUGGGCUGGAAAACAAGGAUACUUUUAAAAGCACCUCAGCUAUGCUAGACUUGUUCCGUCGACUUGAAAAGGAGCCCGACGCCUUCAGAGAUAAUCGCGAUGAAGAUGAUUACGACGAAGAAGAGGAAGAAGGAAGUGACGGAGAAUAUUCAGAUGAUGGGCAGGGCUCCGAUAACGAAGAGGAAGAAAAUGUACCUGUUGGUUUGACUCCUCAACAACAGGAACUUUUACAAAUUGCCAGAGAUCGGGCUGUGGCCAAAAAUAUGCGAGAGAAAUUUGAGCGCUGGGAAUUCAGCACUGAUGAAGAGAAAUUAGCUUACGAAAAAACCAUGAUGAUCCCCGAGUCGGAAGAGAUUCAAGCGUCAUUAAACACGACCAGAAACUUGCGCGCCAUGUUUGAAAACCUUCAAAAUGAGCCGCCAAAACCAGAGAAGCCCAGGAUCAAAGUCAACAGAUUCGUUUGAUGAGUUUGUUGAUUUCUUUCUUUUUUUACACGGUUUAAACGAAUAAGUCCUCGGGUGAGAAGUGGGGUGGGGAAGGGGAGGAUUCUCUAAAUCAAAUUUGUCGUUGAAGAAAAUGUUCUGUGUAAUACUCAACCCAAAAAAUUUUAACACACACUUGGAUUGACAGCAAAUACACUUUACUUGCAAAAGCUUAAAA